CAAGAGUACUGCACCUGGUGUCUGUAAGUUUGUAUUAUACCUAAUCCUCUCAUGAUGAUAAUCAAUAGAGUUCAUAUGACGUUCAAGAAGAAAUUAGUUGAAGAUUAAGCAUAUCAUCUUUCAACAACCUUGAAAACCUUUCGUUUUGGAACAUUUCAUCCUUUGUCUUGAAUAACUCACAAGUCUACGCGACUUAUCCAUGGCUGGUUUACUGGCAUGGGCGGCUGACGUCGUCGGAGGUGGCGGCAUCGACAGCGACGGAGGCGAUGCGUUGAGUCGGAUUCCGGUUCUGUUCUCACCGGAGCAGCAAAGGUACGUUUGGGAAUUGGACCAGAAGGCAGCAUCUCUUGCCCGUUUGAUCCAGGAUCUACGGCAGAGGUUGCCUCCUCCUGACAUUUCUCAAAGCCUCCCUCACCUACACGCUCACACCCUCGCUUCCAAUGCUGCUCUUGCCCUCCAAUUGAAUGCCCACUCGACAACGCGUGAACAAGCGCAAUUAAGAGAGGCAACACUGCAGGAAGAAAAUGCUGAUUUUGAGAGAGCAAUAUCAAAUUGUGAGAGUAAAAUACAAGAAAAAAUGCAAGAGGCAGAUUCACUACAGAGGAAGUUAGAGGAAAUGGAUGAAACUGAGAAGAAGCUGAAAGCUGAGCUUGAUAAUUUAAAACGUCAAAAUUCAGUAGAUACUGAUCAAUCUGUGAGAUCUCAUGGAUGGAAGGAAGAAUCCAACACAAAGCCUGAAGCUGGACCAGAUACAGAUGCAUCAGAUUCUGCUAUACUAAACAAGUUAGAAGAGAAGAACAAAGAACUGAGUUUGAUGGAAGAAAUUGUACAAAAAUUGGAGAAAAAAUGGGCUGAAAUGCAGGAAAGUGCUCUUAAGCACCCUUCCCCUGCUCAAAGAGAGAAGACAUUGGAUAAACAGCUUCACAGUCUAAUUGAGCAACUAGCGGCAAAGCAGACACAAGCUGAGGGCCUACUUAGCGAAAUUCAUCUUAAAGAGAUGGAGCUGGAAAGACUGAAUGGGCAAUGGCGAAGAAUGGAAAGCAAUAUUACUGAGGCCAAUACGACUAGAAAUCGUUUUGUUAGAAGCUCAUCUGACAAGGGACAUGCUCCGUUUGAUUAUGAUGGUGAUGGUCAUCAAAAGCUUCCUUACCAUUCUGGUGGCAGAAAUGAAAGCCAACAGAAGAUAAUGUUGCUCAGGAUUUGUCUUACCCUAAAGAAUGGGCAGGAAGCAUCUUUUUUGCGUGACCUGAUGAGCGAGGUUGUCAUUGGGGCACCCUGCCGUGGCUCAUCGUUCCAUUGCUAAAUAUCUAAGCAUGGUAUCAGAAAUUCCUAGUCUGAUAAAUAUCAACUGAUGCCACUGCUGUCCUUUAGAUGAUUGUGAUCUGGAGUAGAUGUGUAAUGUAGCACAAUGGACACUGUGGUUCUGCUUGGAAGGGUGAUAGAGAAGGGAAAGGAAAGGAAAGGUUUCAAUUGAUGUAUCUUGCCUUAUUUGAGAGUUUGGUAUAAGGAGGGCAGGAGAAUGAAGGAUUUCAGGCUGGCUUUUUAAUUUUCUUUUUUAAAAAUUUUCUUCUUUUAUAUUUUUUAGUUUUCUUAAUCUAGGAGAAAAGUACUGAAAAUUACCAUUUUACCUUCCUGUCCCUUUCCAUUUUCUAUGGAUGUUUUCU